AUGUUAUCAAAUCUCUGGUCCUCUGUGGCUGCGGCACCUUGGCAGUCUAUGCGCUGCCUUCUGUAUUAUACUACAGUAAUUCUUUCUACGUAUGGUCUAGGUUUGAUCGAGCUCUGUUGCUUGGCAGUAACACAUCAUGCGAAAGUUACUUUCGUCCCUAGAGCCUGCAAGGCGGCUGCCUUGUCAGCCACGAUGCUGACGCGGCGCAAGUCGUCGUUGCCGUCGGACGGCAAGACGGACGGAGGCAGCGGCGGUCAGCGGAAGCGACGCGGCGAAUCGGUCGUCGCCCUGACCGAGAUAAUCAAUCUGGAACCGAGUGCGAUCAACAAAAAACCAUCAGAAAUUCUCCAGAACGACGUACUGAAAGAACUCGUCCGUCUUGCCUGUUUACUAUCGAUGAUCUCCGUCUGUUUACAUACUCCAGAGACCAUCCAACUUUGGCCUCCGCUUAAUUAUGCGAUUUUUGCCAACGACUGCAUCGUUACGCUAGUUUUUCUCGUCGAAGCCGCGAUAAACAUCCAUCAUGUCGGCUUAUGGGAGAACGAAUCUUCGUAUCUUCGAGCGAAAUGGUCGCAAUUUGAUCUAUUCAUGCUAUUAAUGCAUGUCCUGUCAUGUGCCUUACACUGUUACGAACUGUUUACAAUUCUUGUCCCAUCGAUUGGAUUGGUGUAUCGUCCAUGGUUCGGCGUGAUCCGAUCACCUCGUCCGUUUAUUAUGCUGCGGUUCAUCCGCUCAUUAGUCAGAUUCAAGUUGCCAAAGAAUCGAAUCAAGCAAAUUAUCAAGCGCUCUUCGCAGCAAAUUCAAAAUGUCACCAUAUUUUUCAUGUUUUUCAUGGCACUCUACGCUAUUAUGGGAGUACAGCUGUUCGGACGUAUGGACUAUCAUUGUGUUCUCAGUGGAACUGAUCCACGAAAUGUUACUAUCGCAGACUUGGCGAUCCCGGAUACGAUGUGUUCGCAAAAAGGUGAAGGAGGUUAUGAAUGUCCGGAUAACAUGGUUUGCAUGAAAUUGGAUAUGUCCGCACACGUUGAGGGAUUCUACGGAAUGUUCAACGAUUUUGCCUCCUCACUUUUCACCGUCUACAUGGCAGCUAGCCAAGAAGGCUGGGUCUACGUCCUCUAUGAUUGUCUCGACACUCUUCCCUCCUACGUAGCAUUCUUUUAUUUUGUAACGUUGAUUUUUUUCCUCGCAUGGCUUGUAAAGAACGUGUUUAUCGCUGUGAUCACGGAGACUUUUGCUGAAAUUCGAGUACAAUUCAGCGAAAUGUGGCAGAGUAACACGUCAGCAUCCGAGGAGACCUAUACGCAGCGGUUGGAACGAUUCGAAGACGGAUGGCGAUUAGUGGAAAUCGACCAUUACAGUAGAGGAACAAAUAGUCCACAAUUUUUGCAUUUGUUAGUGAACAGCACGGCUUUUCAAAUUGCCAUGAUGGUUCUGGUGCUGCUAAACGCUCUUAUCAACGCCUCAUUUGUCUAUCGGCAUGACAACUCGGAUAUUGUCCGAAAAGAAAUCUAUUACUAUGUUGAGAUUUGCUUUACGAUUAUAUUUAAUUUGGAAGCCCUAAUUAAAGUGAUUGGUUACGGUUGGAAAGGUUACCUUCGACGCGGUCAGCAUAAAUUUGAGCUAAUAUUAUGUGUAGGUUCCACACUAAAUCUUAUCCGUCCACUCUACAGUAUGAACAUUUUCACCUACUUUCAAGUGUUUCGUAUUGUUCGCCUUAUCAAAGCUUCACCAAUGCUUGAGGAUUUUGUUUAUAAGAUCUUCGGGCCCGGGAAGAAACUGGGUGGUCUCGUCGUGUUUACUAUGGUGCUGUUAUUUAUUACGUCUGCCAUAUCCUUACAAUUAUUCUGUUAUGUGCCAAAUUUGAAGAAAUUCACUACUUUUCCUAUGGCAUUUAUGUCGAUGUUCCAAAUUAUCACACAAGAAGGAUGGACCGACGUUGUGGUCGAGAUUCUACGAGCCACCAACGAAUCAAUGGUCCCUUUUGUCGCCAUCUACUUUGUUGGAUAUCACUUGCUUGUCACUUUGGAGUUUUGCGUUCAUCAAUAG